CAUGGCGGAAAUUUGGAUUUGGCGGGCGCCAUGGCGGGAUGGAGAAGAGGAGGAAGGGCGGGUAAGGUGGAGGAGGGCAAACGAGACGGCUCAUGAGGAAUGUGAUUGCCAGACAAUCUGAUAGCUUCGCUUGCUAUCGACAAUGUCAGGACUGCACCGACAGGCUCCCAUGGUAGAGCCUGAGCGAACCUCGUCGUAUGUAGAGGAGGUUGCGCGACAACAAUGGCUGGAAGGGAAGAGAGGAAGAGACAACCGUCGCUCUCCGAAGCGCUUGUCGCCUGCGGAAGCAGCGGCAGCCAUCCGCCAGAAGAUGGAGCAGGAGGAGAGCCUGAGGAAGAGUGCUCCUACCCUCCCCCGGCCCAGCACCUCCAAGGAGGGCCUCCGCGCCAAUCGCUCGCUCUCUAACGAGGAGGGAACGUUGGAGAGUCUCAUCCGUCAAGAGGCCGAGAAGCAACACUCGUAUGGAGGAAGGGAGAAGAGAGGAACUCGUAACGCAUCCGGAGCCAGCGGCUCCUCCUUUGACACGUCUGCCUCCUCCUCCGACCCAGCGGUCUCGGACAUGCCGCAGAACCUCACAGACCUGCUCGUCCAGAGCACGUCGGCUCGUGGGCCGGUGCAGGAGGCUCUCGUCUUUAAGAUCCGAGAACUGCUCCAUGAUUCCACGAAUCUCCGAGCCAUCUCCAAGGAAGCAUGG